AUGGGUUCAAUCGACAGAGACGAAGAUGCACCACUACCCUCCUUGCAGCAUCCCCUCAAGAUCUUUGAUGCGGCGAGGAGGCAGGACCGGUUUCUAUACGCCUGCGCGCCCAUGGUGCGCUACAGCAAGCUCGCCUUUCGCCAGACCGUUCACAAAUAUGGCGUCGAUCUAUGCUGGACGCCAAUGAUUCUCGCCAAGGAGUUUAACAGGAACCAGUUCGCCAGAGACAGCGACUUCACAAUCUCAACAACCGGCAUCCAACCCCCCACCAUCGUCCAGUUCGGCGCAAACGUGCCCCUGGAACUCGCCCGCGCGGCGGCCCUCGUCGCGCCCUUUGCCUCGGGCGUCGACCUCAACUGCGGGUGCCCCCAGUCGUGGGCCUGCGCGGAGACGCUCGGCGCGGCGCUCAUGAACAAGCGGGAGCUGGUGCACGACAUGGUCGUCGAGACGAGGCAGCAUCUCGCGCGGGACGGGUGGGCGGUCGGCUUGGAGAGGGAUGUCGAUAGUCCGAGGGGGAGGAGCGUGAGCGUCAAGAUACGGGUUCACGAUGAUUUGAGGAGAACAAUGGACUACCUCGACACCGUCAUUGGACACCCCCAGAACCGCCUCGUCGACUGGAUCACCAUCCACCCUCGCACCCGCCACACCCCCUCCACCACACCCAUCCGCACCGAAGCCCUCGAGAUCCUCACCGAAAAGUACUCCCGCACGCUCCCCAUCCUUCUCUCCGGCGACGUCUUUGAUCUCGCCGCCCUCCCCAUACGAGCAACAACCUCCUCCUCCUCCUCCUCCUCCUCUUCUUCUGACGUCCCCGAUCUCGCCACUCUAACCCUCAAGGAAGACAACCCGCCAAACUCAUCAUCCACCCCAUCUCCAUCAAAUCCAGCCCAACAACAACAACAACAACAGCCAAAGCCCAGCAACACAAACCUCGCCGGCUUCAUGUCCGCCCGCGGCCUCCUCGCCAACCCGGCCCUCUUCGCCGGCCGCCCGCGCUGCCCCUGGGAGGCCGUCGAGACCUUCAUGUGCAACGUCGCCCGCUGCCCGCUGCCCCUCAAGCUCGUCGUGCACCACGUCCAGGAGAUGUGCGGGCCGGGCAUGGGCGACGACAAGGCUGCGCUGCUGAGCAAGAAGGAGAGGGCGCGAUUUUCCGAGAUUACGAACAUGGCGGAUCUGAUUGACUUCUUGGAUGAAAAGAUGGAGGAGCAUACGGGGCGAAAGGGGGGCAUGAGGAGGGACUUGUAGAUAUUUAUAAACCGCUCAAGAUGCCCUGUAUGCCCACAGACCCCGAAUCGUCCCGCUUCUGCACAAACGCCUUAAAGUCCGCCUUGCUCAGCUUCCCCCUGACGGAGCUCGACCCGGGCG